ACAAGCCACCAUUAGAUGCCGCUGUCGUCGUGCACUACCCCUUUCCCCCAGCAAAGGCUGCAGCCGUCCGGUGUUUCACGGUAGUGGCGGCUGCGAUGGGCGAGACGGAGACCGGGGAAGGAGUUGUGGAGCGAGCGGAGCCGGUCCCUGGCCCCCCGGCGGAGGAGCCGGUGUUGUGGAGCCCGGAGGUAGAAGUGUGCCUGUUUCACGCCAUGCUUGGGCAUAAGCCCGUCGGUGUGAACAGACACUUUCACAUGAUCUGCAUUCGGGAUAAAUUUAGCCAGAACAUCGGCCGUCAGAUAUCAUCGAAGGUCAUAUGGGAACAUCUGCGCACCAUGUAUGAUAUGCAAGCCCUGCAUGAAUCAGAGAUCUUGCCUUUCCCGAAUUCCGAGAAGAAUUUUAUUCUGCCCGAAGAGAUUAUUCAGGAGGUGAAAGAGGGUAAAGUGGCCACAGAAGAAGACAUCAAAGAAGAAGCUAAGGAAGACGUAGAUUUGCAUUCAGCAUCUGAUGAAGCUUUUACAAACUCUUCAGCAACAUCAGUGAAGACCACAGACAAACCCAGCAAAGAGAAGGAGAGGACACUAUCAGAAUCCGGCUCCAAGGAGUCGGGUGAUAAAAGGAAACGGAGCCGCCUCACAGAGAAGGUUGUUAACGCGAACAGCAACCCAUCAAGCCCCAAUGCCAACAAGCGAAGACGUACAUAAGGAUGAGAUCCAUCAUACAAGCUUGUAGGAGAUCACGGCAUGACCUCAAGAUCUCCUCCAUCUGGACAGUCUCCCAUAAAUGGCGCCGCGUUGUGCUCGGUAACUGCAUACGCUCGGGGCGCUCUCUGUUUUAAGGCUGAUAAGCUGAGAGUCCUCUGGGAUCAUUUGGCACAAGUUUCUGUUUGGGGGAGGGAGCAGGUCCUCCAGUUUGGGAUGUCUUACGUAGAUGUAGAUAAAUCUUGUUAGGGGGUAAUUCACAGACUGAGCCUCUACUUUUGGAAUAUAAGUGGUUUCCAAAGCCACUGCUUAGGAGGGGGCCUAAGGAUAAUGCUUAGGUCUGCACUAUAGCUGGUCAUAGACAUAUGACACUUGUCAAGACCCACAGUCUCAGGCUCAGUCUGUUAAUCCUGGCCGGGAAAAUGGGGAAAGCUGCAGGGAGACAAAUGAUGAAUGUAGCAUGAGGAGAUUAUAAGAAGUCUCUGAUCAUAAUUUAAAGGGAAGGGUGGUCUUUGCAAUGUCCUUGCAGCUGUGCUCUGGUUUCUGUGAUGUAAUAACACGCCAUCCAUAAUUAUGUCAUGUGACCACUGCAGGCCAGUGCUAUGGACAUUCUAUCAGACUAUAGUCCACAGCCUUUGGCCACUGUGGUCACAUGAUGUCAGCAUGUAUGACAUGUCUAAAUACUUAAAGGGGUACUCCAGUGGGAAUAAUAUAUAUAUAUAUAUAUUAUUAUUAUUUUUUUUUUUUUUAAUCAACUGGUGCCAGAAAGUUAAACAGAUUUGUAAAUGACUUCUAUUUAAAUAUCUUAAUCAUUCCAGGACUUAUCAGCUGCUGAAUACUACAGAGGAAGUUCUUUUUUUUUUAUUUUAUUUAUUUUCUGUCUGACCACAGUGCUCCCUUCUGACACCUCUGUCCAUGUCAGGAACUGUCCAUAGCAGGAGAGGUUUGCUAUGGGGAUUUGUUCCUGCUCUGGACAGUACCUGACAUGGACAGAGGUGUCAGCAGAGAGCACUGUGGUCAAACAGAAAAGAAAUUCAAAAAGAAAAUAACUUCCUGUGCAGCAUACAGCAGCUGAUAAGUACUGGAAGGGUUAAUAUUUUUAAUUUGAAGUCAAAUUACAAAUUUUUAAUUAGAAGUCUGUAUUACUUUCUGGCACCAGUUGAUUUAAAAAGAAAAUUCCAUCGGAGUACCCCUUUAAGCAGUAGGAACUGGAGCAGAGAUGGGACGGUCCAGCAGGGUUUUUUUAUUGAAGGCACAUCCCUUUUGGGGGUCACUGUACAUUGACAGCAGCAGGUCAUGGCGAGGAUUUUAUUUUUUUUCCCAUUAAUACACCCUGUUCUGUUUACUACUGAUAGGGCAGUUGUAUAUGAAGGGACAGAGUCCUGAAGUAGUAGUCAUGUCAUAGAUCCAUAGUCAUGAAACUACCAAUCCAUUAGAUUUGGUCAGGCCCACUGUGCGCUUCCAAGGUUGCGUUAACUCUUAAAGGGAGCAUUUAUUGCUGGUUAUGCUGCCACUGCUGCAACAGUAUAGCAAGUUUCCAGUAUGGAAAUAUGUAAAAUACCGUAUUUUUCGCCAUAUAGGACGCUCUGGCAUAUAAGACGCACCCAAUUUUAAAGGAGGAAAAUCUAGAAUACAAUGUAAAGUAUAGGACAGUGAUCUUCAACCAGCGGACCUCCAGAUGUUGCAAAACUACAACUCCCAGCAUGCCCGGACAGCCGUUGGCUGUCCAGGCAUGCCAGGAAUUGUAGUUUUGCAACAUCUGGAGGUCCACAGGUGGAAGACCACUGGUACAGGAGGUAAUACUCAUGUGUCCCCGCCGCUCCGGACCCGUCACCGCUCCCCUGGAUGUCGCCCUCCAUCGCUGUUGCCGCGUCCCCGGGGUGUCCCCGUUGCUCCGGAACGUCUCUGCUGCCCGGUAUCCUCGCUCUCCGUCGCCGCCAUCACGUCGCUACGCACGCCGCUCCUAUUGGAUGACGGGACGGCGUGCGCGACGACGUGAUGACUACGAAGGAGAGCGCCGGCCAUGCAGGGGAUCCCGGCACGGAGCAGACACCGAGGAGGCAGGUAAGGUCCUCCCAACCCCCCCCCCCCCCCACAGUUUUGGGGAAGAAAGAGUGCGUCUUAUACGCCGAAAAAUACGGUAGUUUAGCGGCACUUACAGUUUGAAGCCCACAAUGCACACCCGGCGGUGCUAGUCCAGCACAUUUAUUAGGUCAUAAUUGACAGGUUUCUCCCAAAGCACAGUGAUAGGGUGAAACCGGUCAGUCAUGAACGGGUGUGUGUUGUGGGCUUCAGACUGUAAACUAUAGUACACUAAGCUACACACUGCCACAAGUGACAGGUAACAUGUCUGUCACUAUAUUAUGCUUAACAGGGGCAGAAUAACCUGCAUGAAAAGAUUCCUUUAAGAAGCAUUUUAAAGCCAUAGACUGCAGUCUGUUGUAGGUAUGCCUUAGCUGUAGGGGACACAAGCACCUGGUGCCUUGUAUUUUAUAGGAACUGUGUAUUGUAAGUAGAUCCUUGGAGGCUCAUACUCAUAUGGGGGUGGGGGGGAGUUUUGUAGAACAACAAUAUUUAAAAUUUUUAAUGUUUUAUAAGUGUUUUGUAUAUAAACCAGUUUC